GUUGAUUCUGCGGUUGUAGCUUUAAAGGCGGGGAGCGCAAGCUCAAGCGCACCAUGCGUCAGAAUGCUUGCCACCCCACCAAGACGGUGCCCUGUCAACCCGUUAAUGCAGCCGGAAAGAUUCGCAGGGUAGGCGCCGGCGUGGGACCGUGCAAAGGCGCACAAGAGCGGCUGAUUCGGGUGCCCUGCAGCACUGGCGCCUGGACGCGGCCGGCACGCAGCGACCGUCGCGCACUGGCGGCGGUCGCCGUGACUGGACAACCCGGCCAGCCGCUGCGAGUGAUGAUUGCGGGGGCGCCUGCUGCUGGCAAGGGCACGCAGUGUGCAAAGAUUGUGGACAAGUAUGGGCUGAUGCACAUCUCAGUGGGCGACUUGUUGCGAGCCGAGGUGGCAGCGGGCACCCCCGCCGGGCGCAAAGCCAAGAAUUUCAUGGACAAUGGAGACCUGGUGCCCAACGAGGUAGUGGUAGAGAUGGUGAAGAACAAGCUUGGUGAGGAUGAAGUGCAGCAGAACGGAUGGCUGCUGGAUGGAUACCCCCGCAGCGGAGAGCAGGCCGAGGCGAUUGAGAAGGAAGGCAUCCGGCCAGACAUCUUUCUCCUCAUCAAUGUGCCGGAUGAGCUGUUGAUUGAUCGUGUGGUUGGCCGUCGCAGUGACCCAGCGACGGGCGAGAUUUAUCAUCUGACCUUCAAGCCACCGCCACCCGAGAUUGUCUCGCGGCUGGUGCAACGCAGCGAUGAUACGGAGGAGAAGGCUCGCAAUCGUCUGCGGACCUACCAUGCCAACGUGGAUGCCGUUGUGGGGUACUACAAGAAUGAGGUGGUGGAGAUUGACGGCACUGCAUCUAUGGACAUGGUUUUCGAAGACAUUGUCGCUGCAAUUGAUGGAAUCAGACAUCUUGCUUGACACAUUCCCACUCCAGCACAUUGCUUAAAGUUUGACCAUGGCAACUGUCCAGUUCUGCAGCCAUUCACUGGUUGCAAGAAUGGCACACGCUGCUGGUCAAGCACCCUCAUCGUGAAGCAUGCUCACAUGUAAGCAUUCGUGCCAUGG